GCAAAAAAGUCGCGGCACCCCGUCGAACGGCUCGGCCCUUCAGGGCUCCAACUGCCGUAGAGUCUCUCGUUGGGCCGCGCCCGGGUCGAGUUUAACGCCAUGGCGGUGACGAUGGAGAUGCUGGCGGAUGAAAAAGGCAUCGCGGUGAUCUCCUUCGGCAAAGAGCCGGUGAACAGUAUGGACCUGGAGUUUUGGCGUUUGCUCAAGAGCACCUUCCAGGCAGCAGAGGCGGACAAGAACAUCAGAGGCGUGAUCUUCCAGUCCACACUGAAGAAGAACGUCUUCACCGCUGGGCUCGACAUCAAGGAGCUGCAUGCACCAUCCACCAGUGAGGAGCGUUUGAAAACCUUCUGGCGAACCUUGACCGAGGUCUUGAGCAGCAUCUAUGGCAGCCGCCUAGCCACCGUGGCGGCCAUCAAUGGCGCCUGUCCUGCCGGCGGCUGUAUGUUGGCGAUGUGCUGUGAUUGGCGGAUCAUCACCUACGACGGCUCCAUGGGCCUCAACGAGGUGGCCUUGGGCAUUCCAGUGCCGCGAGUCUGGUGCGAGCUUAUGGCAAAGCUCAUUGGGCUGCACCCUGCAGAGGAGGUGCUCCUCUCGGCGAGCAUGCCCAAGGGCACGGACCUCCGCGUCCUGGGCCUGGUGGACGACUUGGUCGAAAAGCCCACGGAGCUUUUGCCGAGCGCAGUGGCGAGAAUGAAGACCUGGCUAAAGUUCCCUCCCAAGGGCUUCCAAGAGACGAAGUUAAUGCUGAGAGGUGACUUCGCACAGCGAUGGGCCAAGGGCGUGGAAGCAGAGUCAGAGGAGGUGUGGAAUGCUGUGAGCGAUCCCCGCAGCGUGGCCUCCUUGGAUAUGGUCCUGAAACGGUUGCAUGGCGCGCCGAAGGCUAAGAUGUGAAGGGGCCCCGUGUGGCUGAGCUUCGCCGAGCUUCCACGCCCUUUUACGGAGCUUCCGGGUGGGGCCGUGGUUUCCCAUGGGCGAGAAGCGCGGCAGUCAAUGACUAGCGUCCUCCAACAGCUCAAUUGAAUCAAUUUGUGUGGACCAGAACUGGCGGGGGUAUGAGGCCCUCCGGCACAAGGUCGGGUUCGUUCGCCCCAAGUGUUCGUUGGUCUUUUGGAGACGAAGGAAGGAUCUCCAGCUCUUGGAGACUUGGAGGGCUAAUGAAGUGAUCUCUUGGAUCGCUUCCACCCGUGAUGAACAGCAAAAGGCUGGCACAGCGCGGGCGAGACAAAAGGCGCUGACACGGGCACGCGCAGUGU